AUCCACAAAAAGAGCUUUCGUGUGGACACUAUUGCACUAACUCGUGAGGGUGGUUGUGUGUUCAUCGUCCACCUUUGUCUAAGUCGACCUGAACUCCGGUCCCGUCCCACGCGUAGUACCUUCGCCUUCUUACAGCUUGCUAUUGUUCUUCUACAUGGACCUGAACUUAGACCCACCGCCUGAAGAUGUAAACCUUCCGAGUCCCGAGCCGGGAGCAACAACGUGGCGUGCUACUGCAAGGGAUAGUACAGCGUCUUCUUCGCGAGUCGGAGAACUCCAUGAUUCCGAAACCGCUGCAUUUCGUGACCGGGUUACCAACAACGGCGAUGCGCCAUCGUCGCAUUAUCAUCAUGGCGACGAUGACGAGGAAGAACGGGUCGCGCAGCGAAAGCAUAUUGAAUACGUGGUCUCUCCCUCAUUGUACCGCCGAGAUGACGCACGCUCAGUCCCAGGCAGAUCUCCGCCGUUCGAUCAGGGGAGGCAUGCCGACACCGUCAGAACCGCUCGACUCUUCUCUGAAAAAGACUCCGCGGGUUUGGACGACGCCCGGGCGCGCGCGGGCGAGAUGAUGGUUUCCGCGCGAGCACGGGCGGACGAUCCAAGUUGGAGCAGCGGGUUCGCCGACCGGCCGUUGCGAGUCGCAACGCCGCCGGGGACGACGCGAUCGCGGUCCGGGUGCGGUUUGUUCGACGUGCUGCCGGACAACCUUUGCGCGAAGAUCGCGUCGUUCGUCGUGCACGCCAAGAGCCUCGUCGCCCUCCGAAGCACGUGCUCGUACCUCCGGCGCGUGGUGCAUGUGGGCGGGGCGCUAGUCUUCCUGGCGGAGGACUUCCCCCAGCGCGAGGCGGCGGAGAGGGGGAUCACGCAGGCGCUGCUGCAGGCGUCCGCCGCCGUCACCUCGCUCUAUGUCGAAGCGCCGCCCGCCUCCGACCCCUUCCAGGAGCUGGCAGUGAUGGCGUGGUGCAUGGCGUGCCGUGAGACCCUAGAGGAGCUGACCCUAGUGGACGGCUCAGCGGACGCACGGCUAAGGCGCCGCCAGGCCCUCGCUGCUUCCAUGGAUUCGGCUUCUGCCUCUGCUGCUGCCGCCCUUGCGGCUUCGGCUUCCGCCCCCUCUGUUCCUGCUGCUGCAGCAGCUGCUGCAGCUAGUAACGGUGCUGUGUAUGGCAGAGCUCUUGGCCCAAGCAGUAGUGUGACUACUGCUGGCACUGCUGCUGCUGCUGCUGGAGCGGGGUCGAGUGAAAGAGGGAGCCAUCAUGCCUUGGACAACAGCGGGAGCAUUGGUGGAGUGAGCAGCGGCAGCAAUGGCAACGGCAAUGGCAAUGUCAAUUGCAGUGGCAUUGCCGCUGGUGGUAGCAGAAACGCGGCUGCUGCUCUCAUUGGUAAUACUGCCAGCGCUAGAUUCACACCGUUUUACCCCAACGCCAGCUCCAACACCAAUGCAGACGAGGAAGAGGGCGAGGAGCCGGAGGAGGAGCCGCAGGAGUGGAAGCUGGAGCACGCGUCGCGCUGCCACAAGCUGCGCCAGUUGUACCUCGAGAACGCCGUCUUUGACUGCGUGUCGUCGCUGCACUUCGCCUCACUCCGACACCUUACCCUGGCCAAGGUGGUGGUGGGCGGGGACAUGCUGUGCGACCUGCUGGCCUGCUGCCCGCGCCUGGAGGAGCUCGUCCUGCUGCUGUGCUCGGGGAUCGGCCCGCUGGAUCUCAUGCACGCACCGUGUGCCGCACUGAAACGAUUCGAGGUCCGGCUGAGCAACCGGGCUGCAAGGAAGGACGCCUGCCUGGAGCUGCUGCGACUCAACGCGCCGAACCUGGAGGACCUCGAGUUGGAGGUCGACUGGGCGCCUGAGGGCCGUCUGGAGCACGAGCUGUGGGGCGACAUCCGCAUCGAGUUGGGCGAUCUCCGGCGCAUGUCGCUGGAGCUGGCGGCCGGCUUCAAGUUCCACGCCAACCCCGGCGCGUUCAGCCGCCUCACUGUGCUCACGCUUACAGGCGACGACUGGAGCUGGGGCACGGUGCGGGCCAUUCUGGACCUCUGUGCUCUCUCCCUGGAGGAGCUCUCCCUCACGUGCUUCAUCGACCAGCUCUCCAUCCCAUCCAUCGACACAGCCACGGUCUUCUUCUCGUCGCUGCCCUCGCUGCGCUUUGUGCUGCUCUGCCCCUUCAUCUUCUACAUCAUGCUCGCCACCCUGGGGGACACCACUGUCAUCCGGGCGCCCAGCUUGGAAGAAUUCCACCUGGAGUACCACGACCACGCCAUGGCGGUCAUUCCCUUCCUCGCAGCUUUGCUCCGAGGCAGUCCGCGCCUGCGCUGCAUCCAGCCCAUGUUGACGGUGCCCCAGGAGCCGGGCACCGACCUGUUGGGCGACAAGGACUUCCGCCGGGCCAUCGCUCAGUUGCAGGCCGAGUUUCCGCGCGUCUCGUUCCCCUCCAUCUGGCAGCUGACGUGACCGCGCUGCGCUGCGCUCACCCCUAGGCCCACUGAUAGAGGCUUUUCAGGGUACCCUGCGCUGCAUCCAUCCACCCCAGGAGUGUGUGCAUCCAUCCAGCCCAAAAGUGUGAUUGAUUGUGUGUGCAGGCUUUCUAUUUGAGUGAGACUCCAGUAAUUGACUGCGUCCGAGCACACCCUGACACGAGUACACCAAGAAACAGGUGCUGGCCCUGGUGGUGGGAAGUGGAAACUCAAGGACAAGUUUGAGAUUAUAAAGAAGAUAGACAUUGGUGAUAUAUAUGUUUUUUCUUAUAGAUUGAUUCUUCUGUAACACGGAGCAUGUUAUUUGCGUCCUGGUAAAUAUUCAGUGAGAAGGUGCUUUGUGUCAUGUGCUGCAAGGUGUUAUGCAAAACGAGUAAAACUUGUACUCAUAA